AUGAUAGUGACGAUCUCGCAAACUCAAAACUACAUUUAAGAUAAUCUAAAAUCAAUAUCAAAUGAAAUAUUUAUAAAGCAAACUUCAUAAUAGCUAGACAACAUCUGGAUUUAUAAACAAAGCAUGGAAAGAAUGUUUUAAUUCACUUAAAGAUAGAUUUACUCGACAAGAAGAAUAUAUAAAUACUUUGACUAUUUAGAACACAAUUCUUAAGAAGACUAAUACUUUGAAAAUCCUCAUAUGUGCUUAAACAAUAAAACGGAAGUUGAUUCUUUCUGUUUUAAAUUUUCCACAACAUGUGGAAUAUUUGGAGUUCCCAUGAACAACUAGUUGGCAUAGGAAGCGGAGAGCAUAACUGCGCUAACAUUUAUACUAACUUCAUUUCGAAUUGCUUUAGAUCACACAAAUUCUGCUCCUCUCUAUUAUUUUCUUGAUAACGAAUCACUAUUCUACUGCAUCACCACAGGAAUACCAUUUCCAACAAGCUUCUUACCUAAUAAAAGACCUUACUACAUUGAAUUUAAAUAAAAAAUAUCAAAUGAUUCUAGCUCAGAUAAUUUUUAUUUUGCAAGCCCAUAUCAAGUAGUAUCAGGCAAGAUUAGAAUACCUAUGAUGAUCUCCUUAGUUGAUUAUAAGGAUAAAAUUGUAGGGAUGGUUGCCAAAGACAUAGAUUUUGGAUAUGCAUCGGUGGCUUCGAAUUCUAACGAAAAUACUACACUUUAUGUGAUUGAUGAUUAAGGCAAAAUAUUUUAUUCACUGCUUUAUAAUUAGGUGAAUUUAUCGGUUUACUACUUCAAUGACUCUGACAUCACUGGGUUCAAUACAAAUGAUUUUAUAUAAAUAAUGAACAACCAUAAUGGAUUACCCUUUCAAAAUAAUUGCAAAAAUUAGUAAAGUACUGAAAUCCUAUGCAGAUAUAAUACAAAGGUGAAGGAUAAUUUAAUUAUAAAAUCAACCUAAUUAGCCGAUUCUCCACUAAUUUUAAUUGUCCUCAUUGAAACCAAUACUGUUUAAUAAUAGAGCGAAGAACACUUUAAUUUAUAAAAGGAGCUGCAAUAAAAAGCAGUCUAAAACAUGAUGAUAAUCAUAGCUUUAAUGCCAAUUGCAAUCAUACUAAUAUCAUAAACAAUCAUUCAUUUAGUACUCAAAUAAUUGAAUAUACUCAUCAACCUAGUUAAGCAGAAUGUGUACCAAAAUAAAAGAGAGUACUAUUUUUCAUUUCUCAAAAAAGAUAGCCUUUUUCAAUCAGACUCUGUUUCUGCCUUGAUUAUUGCAUCUACAAAAUUGUCUAAUUGUAUAAUUGGUGCUUAUAAAACAGAGGAAUGCAUAAAAUAAGAAACCAUUAAAUAUCCCAAAUUCCUACGCUCUCAUUUAAGAAUGAAAGAACGUCUAACUUCUACUAUAAGGUUUUUUAAUGAUUAAUUUAGAGACAAAGUAAAUUAUAAAGGUUUUGAGUUCAGAUCACUAAUUUCUAUUUGCAACUUAUUUUGA